AUGGUUUUCUAUGCAGAAGAAAAGUCUGUCCCUAUUCCGACUAAAGACAUCCCGUCCUGGAUCUUUGACGGUGCCAGAUAUGACCAAGAUCAGCCAAUGUACAUAGAUGCGAAAGAUCCAUCUAGGUCUAUUUCUUUGAAUCAAGCUCGUGUUGUUGUCCGAAAGCUCGUAGCCGGACUCCAAGCUGCAGGAGUGUCUCCAGGAGACUGUGUUUGCCUCCACUCAUUCAAUGAUAUUAACUAUCCCAUGUUAUUCCUGGGAAUCAUAGCAGCAGGAGGCAUUUUCGCAGGAACAAACCCCUCUUACACCGAGUUUGAGCUAGUCCAUCAUAUCAAGACAGCCAAAGCAAAGUUCUUCAUCACUGAGUCCGAGAUGCUCAAGAAUAGUUUGGCAGCAGCAAAGGAAUGCGGAGUUCCUCAGUCCAAUAUCUGGAUAUUUGAUGUGCUUGGACAAGCUAUUCCCUCUGGAUUCAGGUCCUGGACCGAAUUGCUGAGCCACGGCGAGAAAGACUGGAAGAGAUUCGAUGGUGAGAAACUCUGCAAGGAAACCACAGCUGCAAGACUUUUCAGUUCUGGUACCACUGGCCUUCCUAAAGCCGUGGUUCUUUCUCACCAUAACCUGAUUUCUGAGCACACUCUGGUGCAUGAAAUUGUAAAGAAGCCGUACAAAGUAAAACGUCUCCUUGCUCUUCCGAUGUUUCACGCAGCUUGUGUGCCCGGUAAGAAGCGCCAAGCCAACUCUCGUCUCGUAAGGAACAGGAGUAACAAUAGCAAAGUUGCCCACACGACUGCCUUGAGGAGGGGUGAAGCAUCUGUAGUUAUGAGACGUUUUGACUUGGACGGAUUCCUUUCUUCUAUCGAGAAGUUUGGUAUCAACACUGUGGUAAUAGUUCCACCGAUAGUCAUUACCAUUAUCAUGUCUCCGAUCACCAAGAAGUACUCCCUCAGAAAUUUAAAAGCCGUCUCGUGCGGCGCGGCUCCCUUGGGAAAGGAUUCUCAAGAGAGGCUGAGGCAAUUUCUCUCCCCGGAAGCGUCCGUCACGCAAGUUUGGGGUAUGACGGAAACGAGCUGUAUUGCGACCCAGUUCUACCAUCCUGAAGACGACACCACAGGCAGCGUGGGACGCCCGAUGCCGUGCUGCGACAUAAAAAUCAUCGACGACAGCGGCAACGACAUCUCAGCAUACGACACUCGUGGUGAGAUAUGCGUCCGCGGCCCAAUCGUCUUCUUCGGCUAUUUCGAGAACCCCAAAGCAAACGCCGAGUCCUUCGACUCCGACGGUUUCUUCAAAACCGGCGAUAUCGGUUACUGCGACUCCAAGACCAAAAAAUGGUAUGUAGUUGAUAGAAAGAAGGAACUAAUCAAAGUCCGCGGUUUCCAAGUAGCGCCUCCGGAGAUUGAGAGUGUACUUCUCGGACAUCCGCAGAUUGCUGACGCUGCAGUGAUUGGAAUUAAGAAGGCUGAUGCGGAACAGCCGAGGGCGUAUGUGGUGAAGAGACCUGGUCCUGAGAGUGAGGCACUAGAUGAAGCGGCUGUGAAGAAGCAUUGCGGAAAGAGACUGGCUAAGUUCAAGGAGUUGACAGGUGGUAUUAGAUUUGUAGAUGCUAUCCCUAAGAAUGCAAGUGGGAAGAUUUUGAAACGGCUGUUGAGAGAGGCGGCCGAAGCUGAACAAGAACAGGAGAAGGCGAGAUUGUAG